GGAAAGUUGUGGAAGUUUCCUAUCGAUAAUGAACAAGGUUUGGAGGAUGGUGUUUGUUUUACAGAGCAUGUGUUUAUGGAUAAACAUUUGGAGGGAUGGUGUCCGGAGAAAGGACCGGUUAGACAUUUUAUGGAAUUGGUUUGUGUGGGUUUGUCGAAGAAUCCUUAUUUGACGGUGCAGGAGAAGAUUAAUCACAUCGAGUGGUUUAGGGAAUACUUCAACAAUAAAAUGGAUUUGCUGAAGGAAGUUGGAGCUUUGCCAAGUAGUAGUGUGAAACAGGAGACUAUAAGAGAAUUAGAAUAG